AUGGACGAUUUGUAUCCUCUCGCGUUAUUAAUGGACGAAUUGAAACACGACGAUGUUUCCAACCGAGUUGAAGCAAUGCAAAAGCUAGACACCAUUGCCAUAGCUUUAGGUCCAGAAAGAACUCGUAAGGAAUUGUUGCCAUUUUUACAUGAUGUUGCUCAGGAUGAUGAAGAGGAGGUAUUUACUGUAUUGGGAGCCAAAUUGGGGGAAUUUGUACCUUUAAUUGGGGGUCAUGAAUAUUGUGAACCAUUGAUUGAAAUAUUGACUAUAUUGGCAUCAAUGGAAGAACCAUUGGUGAGGGAUAAAGCUAUUGAAUCAUUGAAUCAAAUUAGUCAAGAAUUGAACCAAGAUGAGAUAAAUAACGUGUUUUUGGGGUUAAUUACUAGUUUAAGUCAAGGUAAUUGGUUUCUGAAAAAAAUUGCUUCUUGUGGAUUAUACAAGGCGGUGAUAAUUCGAGUUGAUGCAAAUACUAGAAAAGAAUUGUUACGCACUUAUUUGAAAUUAGUUACUGAUGAUUAUCCCAUGGUUAGAAGAGCAGCAGCGACAAGUUUACCUCAUUUGAUUGAUUUAUUGACCAAGUUUACUGAGGAAUCACCUAAUGAUGUAAACAAAGUGAAUAAUGAAGAUUGGGAAAUUAUUUCCAAAAUGUUUCAACAUUUGAUUAAUGAUGAUCAAGAUUCGGUUAAAUUUCUCAGUGUUGAUGUUUUGAUUGCCAUUUUAGAAUUUUUCCAAAAAAUUCAUGAAUAUAGUUUCAAUUCUGAUUUCUUAUCAAGUGCAUUGAAAUUGAUCAAAGACGAUAGUUGGAGAGUUCGGUAUACCGCUGCUGAUAGAUUUAGUAAAAUAGCCGUCAAUUUCACCCAUAAUGAACUGGAUCUAUUUCAAUUGAUUGAUCCUUUUAUUUCAUUAAUGAAGGAUCAUGAGGGGGAAGUUAGAAAAGCCGUUGCAAAGCAAUUACCUGCAUUCAGUAAAUUAUUGACAGAAUAUCCACCAACUAAAGCUACAAUCCUAAACAAGAUUGUCCCAGUGGUUAAUGAAUUAAGUCAAGAUCCUCAAGAAAAUGUUCGUGCCUCAUUAGCAUCAACCAUUACUGAAUUAUCCCCCAUUUUAACCAGACAACCAACAAUCGAUAAAUUAUUACCUAUUUUCUUAACUAUGUUGAAAGAUGAAUUUCCUGAUGUUCGAUUAAAUAUAAUUUCAAACUUGUCAGUGGUUAAUGAAACUAUUGGUAUUAAUCUUUUAUCAACAAAUUUACUUCCAGCUAUAACUGAAUUGGCCCAAGAUCAUAAAUGGAGAGUAAGAUUAGCCAUUAUUGAAUAUAUCCCUAAAUUAGCUGAUCAAUUGGGUCAAUCCUUCUUCAAUAAUGAAUUAUUGUCAUUAUGUAUGUCAUGGUUAUGGGAUCCAGUAUUUGCCAUUAGAGAAGCAGCAGUGGAGAAUUUGAAAAACUUGACAAUAAUAUUUGGAUCACAAUGGGCAACACACGAAAUUAUUGCUAGAUUAUUGAAUCAAAGUGAUAACAAGAUUGAUGAUGGCGACAACAAUGACGAAGAAGCUGACGAUGACAACAAGAUUGACUAUUCAAAUUUCAUUAUUCGAAUCACUUGUUUAUUCGCUAUAACUUCGUUAAUCCCAGUUAUUGACUACCCAGUCCUAGUUGAAAAGGUUCUCCCAUUCAUAAAUGGAUUAAUCACUGACGCUGUCCCCAACAUUAGAUUCAAUGUUGCAAAGUCUUAUUUAACUCUAGUUGAAUCAUUAUGUCAACAUAAAGAUCAAGCUCCUAAUCAAGACGAAUUGAAAAAGUUGAUUAAUUUACAAGUAUUAUCAAAUUUGGAAAAAUUGGAAACUGACGAUGAUGUUGAUGUCAGAUUUUAUUCUACGCAAAGCAUCAAGGGAAUUAAUGAAAUACUAGCUCAAUAA